UGAAGUCCCGCCGAGGAUUGAGUGAGGUAAUAUUUUUAGCCGAUGCUAGUUAGCUAGCGACGUCGUAAUGAAUGCAGACGAGUAAACUAAGUGGUUUUUCUGUAUUUUGUUAAAUACUUAGUUUGUAAUUGAAAUGGUAGAAGCGUCUCUUUAUCGCGGCGGUGUAAACUAAGCGGGUGCGGUUGCUUUGCACGGUUUAUUUUCAUCUAAGCAGUUUUGCUAGUUCGGUAUGAUUUUACCCUCAAUAACAUGGAGACAAAACGAGGGGAGAUUCCCAACGGUGUAUUGGACGACCUCUGCAGUCGCUUCAUCCUCCACAUCCCCAGUGAAGAGAGGGACAAUGCCAUCCGAGUUUGCUUCCAGAUUGAACUUGCCCAUUGGUUUUACUUGGACUUCUACGUACAGAAUACACCAGGACUACCUCAGUGUGGGAUAAGGGACUUCGCCAAAGCUGUUUUUAAUCACUGUCCAUUCCUGCUUCCCCAAGGCGAGGAUGUUCAGAAGGUUUUAGAUCAAUGGAAAGAGUACAAGAUGGGUGUUCCUACAUAUGGUGCAAUUAUUCUGGAUGAAACCCUUGACAAUGUAUUACUGGUGCAAGGAUACCUGGCCAAAUCAGGAUGGGGCUUUCCUAAAGGGAAAGUCAAUGAGGACGAAGCGCCUCAUGACUGUGCUGUACGAGAGGUUUUAGAGGAGACUGGUUUUGACAUCAGAGACCGCAUCUGCAAAGACACUUUCAUUGAGCAGAAAAUCACAGAUCAGCUCGCUCGACUAUACAUAAUCCCUGGUGUACCAAAGGAAACAAAAUUUAACCCCAAAACCAGAAAAGAAAUAAGGAACAUUGAAUGGUUUCCUGUUGACAAACUGCCAUGUCAUAGAAACGACAUGACCCCCAAAUCCAAGCUUGGACUGGCUCCCAACAAGUUUUUUAUGGCUAUACCUUUCAUGAGGCAGCUCAGAGAAUGGAUAGCCAAACACAAACUGGAAUCAACAAGCAGCGAUGAGGACUUUUUAUCCAACGGCAACACUCCAUGCAAACCUUUUCGAUCGAAGCCCAGGCGCUCACAGAUUGCAAUGGAGGCGUCUCCAGGCGACGGCUGGACGAGGCAUAAGCAGCAGAAAGCUUUUGGGCAGCCUGGCCAAUGUGAGCUUGCAGACUUUCUCAGAGUCAAGAACCAUAAUGUGAAAUGCAAUGGGAAGAAGCACCAGGAUUCCCCCAAUGUAAAGAAAAGAAUGAAUGAGAGAGAUGAAAAGAAGCUUCAGCCCAGAAGACUGCAAGACAACUUCGAUGCAGAUGCAGCGAGUGAUAUGCGUGGCUUGAAUGGACAGUCAGAAUACGAGCACAUUCAUUCCUCGAAGUCCUUCCUUAACUUCAAGUUUGAUCGUGAGGCAAUCAUGAAGUCGUGCUUUGACUCCUGACUACGUUUAUCUCAGUUCAAUUUUAAAGGCACACUUUGUUGCAGUUUGAGCCGUUCUAGUAAACUCGCAUAUUAAUGUUUUGUUCUUUGAAAAAAAGGGCAGUCAUAUAAAGGUUGCUGGACCAAUAUGACUAGAAAUUGGGUGUGUAUCUUUUUUUCAUCAGCAAUACAAGUUUAUGUAUGCGUGACUCAUAAAUGCUGAGAAUCUUGGGUCAUUUUAAAUUUGAAGUGAUAUUCAGAUGUGUGCAAUCACUUUUAUUUCCCUAAUUUUGGAGUUUUGGUAAAGACUUAAGAUUGCAACUGAUGAGCUGUUGAACUUUUUAGCACUGAAAUAGUAAAAACUUAUGAAUACAAUGCUUCUUCCUAGUUUACCAGAUUUUCGGUUCUGAUUAGUUCUUUAAACCCAGUGUUGUAUGUGUUCAUCUCUCCCCCCCCCCCCCCCCCCCUUUUAUUUUUAUUUUAAAAACCAUGAUGCACUGCUGGAUCCUUAUUGGAACACUGCUUAUUUCAGAACCGUAUCUUUACUGCAUUCUCUAGCGUACACUUAAAGUAGUAGUAAUGAUGAUAGCGAAUUUAAAGUAAGUUAUAAAAUAUUGGGCAUCAUUUAUCAUGGGGGGAAAGUUCCAUUUUGCUUUUCUCUAUGCUGAGCCACAAAACUUGAUUUGAAACCUGCUAAAGCUGGAGUUGUAUUAACCCCUGUUCAUAGAAGAGCUUUGUGAUCUAGUUUUACAUGAUCACGCUAAAUUAUCGCUGUUGUGACGUCUGCAAAAAAACCCACCUUUUUUUGCCUUUUGAAUGUGAAUCUUCUAAGUGACAAUUGCAUUGUUUUUAAAGAAGAAACUCUGGUUAUUGUGGGAGUUUUGUUGUUUGUUUCUCUCCUUUCCAUCAGGCUUGAAUGCUGCUAGAGUUUUACAUGUCACCUGCACAUUUUCUGGCAUUUUUGUCCUCUGUAAAGUGGCACUGAUUCUUCUGAAAGUAAAUGCAGUACAUAUGGAAAUCUCACGCAUAUGCAAAUGUAUUUACACUGUUAUCUAUCCCCCCCCCCCCCCCCCCCCCCCCCCCCCCCCCCCCGCCGCCAUGUAUGUUUAGGGAUUUGUUUUUCUCCUUCCUUUUUUUAAUAAAGACGCUGUUGUAGACAGGAA